AACAUCUAAUCAGCUUUCUUCUUUCAAAAAAAAAAAAAAAAAAUCUUUCUGUAUAAAACAUAUCCUUUUUCUGUGUUUGUUUUUAGGAUUGGCUUGCGGGACAUGCGUUUUUGAAUCUGAAUUUGGUUUCAUACUCAAUUGUAACUUCAAAAAGUCUGGACUAUUUCGUGUAAGGAAUUUGGGCGGCCUAAAAGCACAUUUUGGUUUAGGGUUCAGUUUGGGCGACGAACUGGGCUUCGCCGAGUCGUUGGGUAACGUAGAGGGUGAACCGGAACGGCGACGGGCUAUUAACUAUAAAAAUGGACCACCACCAUCACCUAAUGCUCUCAGUCUAGUGGCUCCCACACAACAGGCGCCUGUACAGCACCCUAUUCCCGAAAAACGCAUUGGCGCACGCGCUUCGCCUACUUACAGUGCCACAUACAGAGAAAGUGUUAUGCGUCCAAUGGCGUCCAAUCAACUAAUGACAGAGGCGCGACCCUUGCCUCUAGGUGUGCCAGCGUUCCGCCCCAUACCGAAGACUGCGACGGUACCAGUCGCACAAAUAGCACAGCGGCGUACAAAUAUCGCUGUAGACACACCUAAUCCGCGUGUUCGACUCAACAAUCAAUUGGUCGAAAGUUACUCGGAGGGAGUGAACUCUAAUCGCACCUUCCACGUUGCGAAUCCAAUAGUCUCGCAACCCGUCGCCGUACCCGCCUUCCAAGCAAUGCCCAGUUCUGUUGCACGUUUAGCUGCGGCUGCGACAAAGUCUAUAACAAAUGCCGAAGAACGAAUUUUGCAUAAUCAUCCAAAUUAUUUGCAAUUCGAAGAACCAAGAUUCGAUCUGAAAGAUGUGACUGUAGAGGAAUUAGCAGCCGCGGCUAAUGUCACUGUGGAUACGAUUAAACAUGCAAUUUAUGUGCGCGAACAGCAGAUGAAAGCUGAACAUCGUGCAAUGCUGGCGGCUAAAUUGCGUCAGGAAUUCGUGCGUACUUCAACGACUGCCAGGACGACGACGACGACAACAACGACGACACCGGUACCAGUGCCUGCCUAUAGAGCGCCAGUGAUGAUGAAUUGGGCGCAGCAGACUCAGGAUGUUUUCGAAAGGCAGAAUGUCAAAGAAAAUGUUGCCUUCGAGAGUAAGAUGUCUAAGGUUAUGAAUGCCCCACGUGAAUACUAUCCUGUGGGCUAUGACAAGAAUUUCGACGACAACUUCAAGUCAAAAGUAGAUUUGCCACCUACAAGUUUUUCAUGUGGCAAGCAAAAGCAUUUCCCUGGACUGUAUGCCGACACAGAUUUGGGUUGCAUGGUCUUCCAUGUAUGCGCGCUCACCGAUGAUGGUCUCGUACGCAAAUCAUUCCUGUGUCCGGAGAGCACGCUUUUCGAUCAAACGAUCCUGAAAUGUAACUGGUGGUUCUAUGUAGAUUGUAGUGCCAGUAAGAGCGUUUAUGAUUCAAAUAUACCCAUUUCGAAGAGUUAUCAGCUGAUGAAAUCGCUCACUUACUUUUCAAAAUACAACCAAAAUAGUGAUAAUGAUGGUGGCGAUGGUGGAUUGGACAUCCAAACACUCAAGGACUCAAUGGCUGAGGAAGAGAAUGGUAGAGCAAGACGCGUGGACAGUAGUAAGGUAGAAAUAUCGGAAAAAGCGCGUAACUUUAUAAUACGAGCAGAAGAAACAACAAUUGAACCGGUGAAAUCAGCGAACGAUGGCGAGGAAAAUGCCAAUGCCGAGACGGAGGAAAUGCAGCUAACCAAUGAAAUUACUACACCCACUACAGCGAGCAGCAUCGAAGAGAGCACCGCAGUGCAUAUAAUCCAACCACAACCCAUAUAUGACCGACUGGCUGAGCUGAAGGCCAAGCUGGAUAUCAUUAAGGCGGCAAAUAGUCAGAUUACAACACAACAAACGAACGAAGCUUGAGUUGGGAGGGGAAAGCGCGUAACAGCGCUACGCAGGGAUUUAAAUUGUCUAAGUUUUCGAAAAUGUGGUUAAGAUAUUACAUGUGCAGUUGGAUUAUCAGACAACGAGGCGAUAUGUCGAAGAAGGCAAUUUAUUUGCACGUCAAAUAUAAGAGUUGCGUGUAUGGAUUGUCGCAAGGCGAAUUCAUAUAAGGUGGUAGCGGUAGUACAAAAACAAAAACUAAUAUGUAUUUUGUUUUCACUUUCGGUACACAAAUGUCAAAUUUCAGCUAUUCUCCGCUCAAGGAGGAAGAGGGAAAGAAACACUCCCACACUCUUAUUUUUCGCAUUCACUCAUAGGGACAUAUGUACCUAUCGAGCCCUAACCGCCAAAAUAACGU